AUGUCGGGCUUCGAAAUCGAGUUACCUUCGUCGCCCGACCCCUUGGGCGACGAGUCGAUAGUCAUCGCGCCCGGUUCCGUCGCGCCGCCGCCCCCAUCCACCACGCGUCGCCCCUUCCAGAGCGCCGCCUCGUCUCGAUUCUCUGCGAUCCCAGGAACGUCGCCUAGGAAGCGCAUGUUUGCCCUCGAUGUCGGCAGCGAGAUCACCCCUCAGACAAUCUACGUCACCGUUGAGGCUGGCCCAGAUGGGAACCCCAUAACGAAGCCUGGCGGUACCGGCCGUGGAGGUGCGAACGUUAGGCGACUCCUGUUUGGGUCACCGACUCCCCAACCGAGCCCUCGACGGGGUGCGCGGACGACCACAACGACCAUACCACUCAGGGGCUUGACGGACGAUGAAGGCGAUCCGACACCGAAAAGGCGCCGCCGCUCGUCUGGAAGGCCUGGGACACCAGCCACGGCUGGUGCCAAGAGGAAAAAGAAAAGCACUCCAACGCCCAAGGCUGCGAGGAAACCGCGGGGCACACCCGUUGCUAGCAGUGAUGCUCUGCAAUCAGAAGCUCCCGCAACUGGGGCAAAGCCAACACCUGCCAGGAGAGGCAGGCCGCCCAAGCGCAAAGCAGAGGCUGCACCCUCAGAUCAAAACACCUACGUGCCGCCAGAGGCUUCGACAACUAAGAAGCAAGGCCGAAAACGACAGAAAUCGAUUCAGGCGGACGACACUGACGAGCUCACCACCGCUGGCAUCGACGUCGAGCCUCAGAGCUACGAACCACCCCCUUCGCAAAAUACAGACACUCUCCAAGACAUCUUGCCAGAGGAAGGCCCUGGAGACGGUGAUGACGACGAAGACCCUUUUCUAGCUCAAUUAUCAGACCCACCUCGGGAUGGACACGAUGCGCACCCCUAUUCAAUGUCAGAACGAGCCAUGGAGUCGUCUGAGCCUGCUGGUGAAACCCGAUUUGAACAGAGACACCAUCAAUUGCAAGACCAAGGGCCGCUUCCAGGCGAGUCAGACGACUAUGCUCCAAUGAUGGACUUUGAUGAUAGAAGCGACCUGGGAUCACACCAUAGUGUACCUCCGUCUGAAACUGCACAAGUCGAACAUGGCGCACAGGAGCUGGAGGACCAAGGACCUCUGCCCGGCGAAUCCGACGAUUAUGCGCCCGCGAUGGACCGCGAAGGUGGAAGCGAUGUACCAUCACAUCACAGCGAAACUACACCCAGGGCCGCGCGGCCCGUCAGACAUGACCCUAUGGAAUUAGAAGACCAGGGACCUUUGCCGGGAGAGUCUGACGAUUUUGCCCCUAUGAUGGACUUUGACGAUAGAAGUGAUGUUGAGUCUCAACAUAGCUUCCAACCGGCCAGGAGUGAGGACGCAACAGACAACACUGUAGAUCCAGACACGUUCACCAUGAUUGGCAUUGAGACAAUGCCCUCUUUCCAGAGAACCAGAGGUGCAUCCACGUCAGAUUUGCCCGAGAUAGGAGAGACGACAAGCUUGUUCAUCAACAGGACUAUAGAAUCGCUGAGACAAGAGAUAGUCGCGACCGACGAGGAGAACGAGGAGAACGAGGAGAACGAAGAGGUUGAUCUAUUGGGAUCUCGGGAACAGACACCUGCUGCCGCGGAGCCACACAGACCGUUUGAAAUCUCUUCUGGGAAGAAACGGAGCUCUCCACGGAGGAGGAGCCAAACUCCCCAAUCACGAGCAACACAGUCCCCCGAAAACACCUCAAAUCGCCCAAGAGCUGGCCUUUCACGCGAGUACGCUGGGCCGGAGCCACUACAGAGCAAGCAGUCACCUGCUCAGCCCAUUGAAGAAGAGGGCAUCAAGACCAUUGCAGCACUGAGCUCCGACGAGCUGAAUGCCGACGAUGAUUCCUUCUCCGACAUUCCAGAGGAAGCCUUUGCAGCUGCAGAGACUCAAGAGAUACCUGACCCUGCAAGGAGUUCUAGUGAAGAUGAACUCAGCAUGGCUGUGGAAGCCACCCAAGAAGCAGCGCCUGAUGCGGCCUACGAUCACGAAACCGUCCCAGGCGAUUCCCAGAACAGCGACCUUUCUGAGAGAGCCCAGUCACCGCCGGACCGCCUCGGGCGCAGCCAAAUCGACGACGGCGAAUUCCUCCAGCGCUCUGCAUCCCGCUCUGCCCAAUUUGGGAGACGGUCCAGCCAAGCCACGCAGAAGAGUUCGCCACCCCACCCCAUUCGCUCUUGUUCAGACUCCAACCGUUUGUUGACUCCUCCAGAUGAGCCGACUUCUUCCAGCGAUCAAAGCAUUGCCCCAGACAAUCAACCCCAUGAAGAGGAAAUUGCAGACAUCGACCCUGAGGAAGAGAUAGGAUCUUCCCCACCUGAAAUCACAACUUUCGAUCGAGAGGAUGAAGAACCAGCGCAAAGCUCGCGGCGAAGCUCAGACACACCCGCGAACCGACCGCCUUCGAUCCAUCUGCAACCUGUACAAGCAAGGGAGGCCAAUGCUGCAGUCUUCCCCUCCCAGGCAGCCGGCCCUCGACCAUUCCUCUCCCCAAUUGUGCGGGUUGGGGAAAGGUUACAGAAUAUUCUGUCCGAUCCUCCCUCUCCGUCUGCCAGGAGCAGUGUGCUGGGAAGUCCUUUCAAAGGUUCCAUUAGGAAAUCUAGUCCUUUAGAUGGGCCCUCAGACGAAGAGGUUGUGCACAGGGAUACUUCUUCGAACACCACAUUGCAAAAUCCCCCAGCACAGACUGAGUCCUUAGCUGAAUCACCGAGAGUCUCCUGGGCUCAAUCCCUUUUCUCACUCAGCCAUUUGAAGAGUCUUGUCACAGAAGGGGCACGCAAGAUGGCUUCUCCACAGACCAAUAUUACGCAAACCUGGGAGGAUCCGUUUGGGCCGUCAUCCCCUACCAAGGACCGGGGUGGAAAUGCUCGCAACUCAGCUUUCAUGGAUCGAAUUAGGCAGGCAUCACGUGAAGGCAGCGUUCAUAGUAGCAGAGCCAGUAUCGCGAGAGCCACUUUAGGAGAUGCGGACGACAGAAGCUUCUCAGGCGACCCCGCGCCUCGCGGCCUAGGCAGUAACUGGAAAAGUGAGAGGUCGUUGAAGCCAAGUCAAUCCACCUCGAGCGUUCUGUUUGGUCGACAGGGCGCUGGAAUCAGCAACGCAUAUGAUGGGGCGGCGGACGAAGAGCCAGAAGCCAUGACUAUAGACCGGCUACCAGAUGAGCCACGGACAGAUGACACUCUGCUUCAGCCAGUCGAGGAUCAAGCACCAGAGACAGGGGGCGUCCAGUAUCCGCUACUGCGUAACGAAGCAUCCCAAGAGGAAGAGAUCCUGGUGCGAUCGCAACAGGAUGAAAUGCAGCUUGACGAGGCGCCGCUUGAAGGGGAUGGGUCUGAUGAGGAUGAUGUCUGGGCCAUUGAAGCAGACAGGACAGCAUCCUCUCCAACAGCUCAAAGACGGGCAAACGAAUCGAUAAACGAGUCUUUCAACGCUUUUGCGAGGAGUGGGCUGUCAAUCGAUUGGGGAACACGAAGCACCAUCUCCCAAACCCUACCUCCUGGCAGGAGCCCAGCUUUCAAACAGUCCAUCCGUGGCACUGCUCAAGACGUGCCUGAGAAUCUGGAGGAUUACUCACUUCUCGAUCUUCACAGUGGUGCCUCCACCCAGCCAUCCGCGAAGAAGCCCACACCAGAGGCUCAGAAACAGCCGCAGAGGGUGGAUCUAUCAGACUUCUUCUCCUCGUCCCCGAAUUUCAUAGAGCGGGAACGAAGAGCUAGAACAGCAUCGAAAGCUGAGGCCAUCGUCCAGAAUUCAUCCGAAAAUGAUGCCGCUCCCGUUGCUUCUCCAGCAAUGCUGCACGACAACCAAGAUGCGUUGUCGCGGCAGAGGCGGCUGUCAUCGGACAGUCGGCUCUCAGAUGAGCUGCCGUCCCCAGCACCGGGAGCUGGCCAGCGCUUUGGGCAAGAUGCAACAGAGCAACUCUCGUCGACAUCUACACCGGAACGGCCUCGCCUUACACAGCAGCGUCUUGCUCCCCGCCAAGCCCAGAAUGAUGCAGCUUUAUUUGAAAAUUGGGAGGUAUCCUCAUCUAGAGCACCGACAGAACGACUAUAUCUCACGGAUCCCAUAAGCGACGCACAGCCAAGCUCUCCGCAAGCCAUCGAGCGACCCAGUACUCCCGUGGAUCGCCAGGAGUCUUCACCUGAGGCACCCAUACUCAAGCCACUCCCUGGCCGGAACAUGUCACCGGCGAAAUCUUGCCUGAGAUCUCCCCUGAAGCCCAAGACGCCUGGACGCGUCGUGGAGUUCACGAGCAGCACUCUCUCCCCGAUGGCACAAGGCCAGGCCCGAGCUGCAGCUCAGAGCAAUAUUCCAACCACUCUGGGUCACCCUCCCUCACUCUCGCCCCGCCGCUCCCCCAGAGGCAAGGAGAACAAGCCCUCAGCGCUCAAAUCCUACAUCAGCUCCUCGCCGCACCACAGGCACCUCGAUCUCACCCAGCAGCAGCAAGAACAGUCGGCCAACUCCCCGCUCUCGCAGACCAAAUGGUCCAAGAGGCACUGGCUCCUGAUGGACGGGCUCCUGCAGGCGUACCGGGGCAACGCCCUCGACUUCCAGCUCCGGCACAGCGGCGCGGUCAUGGCCUCGCCUAAGAAGCGCGCGUCGAGCUCGCUGCUGGGAAAGAUGGUCACGUCGCAGGGCGAGAAGAUGGCGCUGGAGCAGUGGCACCUGGACAUCGUCGACGCGUUUAAGAAGGAGGUCGGCGGGUGGCCUGAGGACGCGCUUGCCAAGCGGCUCUUCUCCUUGAUCGUGGGCGAGGAGAGACGCAAGGCUGGCUUGGUGCCUAGAAGGCGUUGA